AUGAGACUUGGUUAUGUUCAAGAAAGCAAUGACUAUAAGCUUUUGAAAGUCCCUUUUGAGCCAAUUUGGAGUAAAAAUGAAGGAGCAUAUUUGGCGUGGGUUUAUACUCUCAGUUCAGGUUUGUGGAAAACGGUACCAUUCACGCUUCUUAGCCAAACUGUUGCGUACGGGCCUGAGAUUUCUCUAAAUGGUUUUGUGUAUUGGCUUGCUACUUCAGAUGUGGAAUGCAUUAUUUGUUUAGAUUUGAUUAAGGAUGAAUUCAAACUUUUGGAUGUUCCUGAUGAUCGUGGAUUUCAUCAUACUAAUGUUCAUAGAAAGCUUAUGGUUUUGAGGGGAUCUCUUGUGAUGAUGGUAUCCAUUCACGAUGGUUUUAAGGACACUGAGAUAUGGGUGAUGAAGACAAGUUAUAAUAAUGGCAUUCAACAGAACUCUUGGACUAAGAAAUUCAUUAUUGACCCUUUCUCUAAAUAUGCAAUUCCAUUUGGAAUUUGGGAUGUUGAUAACCUUCCUGUU